UCAAGUUGAAUCACCAAUGGAAGAAGUGAUGAGUGAAGAGAGGCACGUUGCCGGAAGUCAGCCUCUUCAACAACAAUCAAGUACGGGCACAUGGGGUGAAGAACAACGUGGUGAACCCGUCAAUGUGAAUCAAGCAAGAGCAGAUUUCGAAAUUGCACGUCAAACAAGUAGACAAAGUCAAAAACAGCAUGGCAGAAGUCAAAGUGCCGAUCGUCAAAGUGGCAUUUUGGCAGGCGGACGUAAACUUGCACAAACUAUAAGUAGAGGUACACAACAUGCUUCUAUUGCCGAACAACAAAGUUCAGAAGAAGAAGGUCAAAUUUCAUCAAGUGAAAAAACAAUGAAUGCGUCCGAUGAUGAAUUUGAUCUAGCAACAUUUAUCAAAGCACGUUAUUAUCAAUUAGAACAAGAAAAUAUCGAUCCUUCAAAACCCGUUGGUGUUUCAUGGAAAGAUCUUAAGGUUACAGCACCGGGUGCAGGAGGUGGUGGUGUUUUGGUAAAAACAUUACCAAAAGCAAUCUUUAAUACAGUAGCAAAAGAUCCGUUUGGCGUAAUUUCAUUCUUCUUUCCACCUUUUGGUAGAUUUAUGAACAGAAAAGCAUUCAACACCUCUACUCCUCUCAUUCAAGGUCAUGAUGGUGUUUUGCGCGCAGGUGAAAUGUUACUCGUACUUGGUCGUCCUGGCUCUGGUUGUUCGACUGCUUUGCGUGCAUUGACUGCAAGUAACCAUACCAACGUCUCACAAACUGGUUCAAUCAGCUAUGGUGGUCUAACUCCCGAAGAAAUCUCAAAGAAUUUGCGUGGAGAAGUACUUUUCUGUGAUGAAGAUGAUAUUCAUUUCCCCACUCUAACAGUCGGACAAACUUUGCAAUUCGCACUUAAGAACAAAGCACCCACCCGAUCAAAACGUCCAUCAGGUGAAACACGUCAACAAUUCAUCGAUACCGUAACAGAUGUAGUCUUGAAGAUGUUUGGAAUGUCACACGUUCGUGAUACGAUCGUCGGAGAUGCAUUCGUUCGUGGUGUUUCAGGUGGUGAACGUAAACGUGUUACAAUUUCUGAAGCUUUGAUUGGAUCUGCUUCUGUGAUUGCAUGGGAUAACAGUACUCGUGGUUUAGAUGCUUCUACUGCUUUGGAUUACGUCAGAAGUUUGAGAAUCAUGACCGAUCUUUCUCAACGUACAACAAUGGCAACGCUUUACCAAGUUUCCGAAUCUAUCUUUGAUUAUUUCGAUAGAAUUGCUGUUAUAGAUGAAGGAAGGUGUAUCUAUUACGGUCCCCGUGAUCAAGCACGCAAAUUUUUCUAUGAAAUGGGAUACGAUGCACCAAGCAGAGAAACAACUGCCGAUUUCGUUACAGGUGUCACUGACCCUGACCAAGCCGUCAUCCGUAAAGACUUCCAAGGACCCGUUCCAAAAACACCAGAAGAACGUGAAAAGUACUGGAAGAACAGUCAAUUAUAUGCAAACCUCUUGAACGAAAUUACCAAUUACGAUCAACUCGUUCAACAAAGCGAAAAGGAAGAAGCACAAAACUUGCAACGUGUUUCAGCAGGUAACAAAAACACUGGAGUCAACAAGAAAUCACCUUAUACUGUCAGUUAUUGGGAACAAAUCAAAGCGUGCAUCUGGCGUCAAUUAUUGAUCAAAUGGGGUUCUCGACAAGAUAUGCAAAUUAAAUUGUUCACAAUCGUUGGUGUAAGUUUGAUCAUCAGUGCUUUAUUCUACGGUCAAGGUUAUGAUUCUACCGGUGUUUUCACAAGAGGUGGUGUGAUCUUAUUCAUGUGUUUAUUCAACGGUUGGUUACAAUUAUCCGAAGGUUUUGAAGCAGUUGCCGGUCGUCCAAUGUUAAUGCGUCAUCGUCAAUUCGCUUUCCAUCGUCCUUCAGCUGUUGUGGUAGCACGUGCAAUCGUUGAUAUUCCAUUUUUGAUGGUUCAAUGUUUCCUUUCUUUGAUCAUCGUUUGGGGUAUUGCUGAUUUACGUAGAACGGCAGGAGCAUUCUUUAUCUAUUACGUUUACGUUUUCUUUGCUGCUUACAAUUUGACAGCAUUAUAUCGUAUGAUUGCUGCAUUUUCGCCAAGUUUCAACGAAGCAAUUCGUUUCAGUGUUUUGUCGCUCAAUAUUAUCAUCAUCUUUGUUGGUUAUAUUAUUCGCAGACCACAAAUGAAUUGGCUCAUUUGGCUUUCGUACUCAAACGGUAUCAGUUAUGCUUUCGAGGGUAUGUUGGUAAAUGAAAUCGCAUACGAUAUUCCUUGCAAGGCUCAAUCUAUCGUUCCUUUCAACGAAGUGCGCGAUGUUGCUUAUCAAACAUGUGCUUUGACGGGAUCAAGACCAGGUUCGAUCGUCGUUACAGCAGCGGAUUAUCUCGGUACAACGUUCGGAUAUAAGCGUUAUCAUGUUUCAUAUGAUUGGGCAGUCCUUUUGGCAUUUUCGAUUUUAUAUUUGAUCCCAACAAUCUUGGCCAGUGAAAUGAUCAAUUGGGGUGGAUCAGGCGGUGGUGUGACUGUUUACGCAAACACACCAGAUGCUCGCCGUAGAAUCAAAGGUGAAGAAGCCGCUGCUGCUCCCAAGAAUAAUGAUCUCGAAUCUGGUGGUCAAGGCGAUUCAACAAGAGCUCCAAGCAGAGAAGAUUCAGAAACAAAAGGUGUCAACGCAAGUAAACAAUCAAGUAACGAUCUCUCCAAAGAAGCAAUGGAAUCUCGUGCAAUCUUUACAUGGAAAGAUAUUAACUUGCAUUUAGCCAACGGACGUAAACUUUUGCAACACGUUGACGGUUGGGUAAAACCUGGUGAACUGACAGCUUUGAUGGGCGCUUCAGGUGCUGGAAAGACUACAUUGAUGAGCGCUUUAUCAGAUCGUGGUGUAGCAGGCGUUGUUUCUGGUGAACGUUUGAUCGACGGAAAGCCACUCGAUCAAGGUUUCCAAAAAGGAACAGGUUUGGUUUUGCAAGCUGAUAUUCAUUUGGCAACAUCCACCGUUCGUGAAGCAUUUGAAUUUUCCGCCCGUCUUCGUCAACCUGCUGAAGUUUCUGAUGAAGAAAAGAUGAAAACGGUUGAACAUGUUUUGGACGUUUUGGAAUUACGACCUUUGCAAGAUGCUUUGAUCGGUGCCCCAGGGGCAGGAUUAGGUGUCGAACGUCGCAAGCGUGUUACAAUUGGUGUGGAAUUGGUUGCCAAACCUGAUCUUCUACUUUUCCUUGAUGAGCCUACUUCUGGUUUGGAUUCCGCAGGUGCUUCUUCGAUCGUUCGUUUGUUACGUAAACUUGCACAAGAAGGUCAAGCAAUUAUCUGUACGAUCCAUCAACCUUCUUCACUUUUGUUCGAAGCGUUUGAUAAUGCUCUUUUACUCAAACCUGGAGGUCAAACUGCUUACUUUGGUCAAAUUGGUAAAGAACGUGGUCGUGGUUCAGAGAUGAUUCGUGAUUACUUUGAACGUAAUGGUGCACCUGCUUGUCCACCGGAAGAGAAUGCGGCCGAAUAUAUCCUUGAGGUCGUAAGCGGUGGUAAAGGCAAACAUCAAGAUUGGGGAAACAUCUGGCAACAAUCACCCGAAUCACACCAGGUUCGUCAACAUGUCGAUCAAAUCGUUGAAGAGCGCAAGAGCAGGCCCGCUCGAUCUGAUCCACGUUCUGUUUCGCAAUAUUCCGCCAAUAUCAUGACUCAAUUAAGGGAAGUAACCAUCCGUCAGAUUCGUGAUGCUUGGAGAGAUUCAAGUUUCUCUUAUGGUGUCUUGUUCUCAAACUUUGUCACGGGUUUGGUUGCCGGAGGAAGUUUCGCACAUCUUGGUACAUCGCCAACAGAUCUUCAAAAUCGUGUUUUCAUUACAUUUUUGGUACUUUUGAAUACGCCUGCUAUGGUCAACACCGUUUUGAGCAAAUUCUUCACAAUCAGAAUGUUAUUCGAAGUGCGAGAGAAUCAAUCAAAGGUUUACGCAUGGUACGCUCUGGUUUUCUCUUUUGUGGUGAUCUCCGUACCGAUUGCGCUUGUUUGUUCGGUUUUAUUCUUUUUGCCUUCUUAUUUCAUUCCGUUCUACAGUCAACCUUCUUGGUCAGCAGGAUUCUUCUAUCUCAACGUUAUUACCAUGCAAUUUUGGAUGUUCUUAUUCGCCUUUAUGCUUUCUGCUUCUUGUCCAACGCCGGUCACUGCUGCAAACUUAUUGCCUUUCAUCCUUCCGAUCUUGUUCAUUGGUGCAGGUAUCAUUGUUCCGCAAUCGCAAAUGCCAGAACCUUUCCAUUCAUUCGUAUACUAUGUCAACCCAGUAGCAUAUUACGUCAAAGGUCAAAUCGCCACGGUAUUACACGAUAAACCUGUUGUGUGCCGCGAAGAAGAUUUGUACAGGUUUAACCCACCACCAAAUCAAACAUGCGAUGCUUAUGCAGGUGCAUGGGCACAAACAAGCGGAGGUCAAUUGGUCAAUGGCGAUGCAAUGUCCAAUUGUGGUUUCUGUCAAUUUACCGUUGGUGAUCAAUUUGCCGCAAGUGUCAGUUCGGAAUACAGUUUCAGAUGGCAAAACUACGGCAUUCUUUUGGGAUUCACUUUCUUCGAAGUUUUCUUGGCAUUCUUCUGUUAUUGGUAUUUCAGCAUUCGUCAUUACGGAUUGGGAACAGGUUAUAUCACUGGACCUGCAUCAAAAGGUCUCAAGAUGAUGUUUAAGCCUUUGACUAAUCGUGGCAAGAAGACUAGCAAUUAGAAACCCUCAUUAUACUCACUCUUAUUAUCAAUCCUAAUAUACAUAGACUUCAGUUUCUCUCAUUGAUCUUAUCAUGUGUUAAUAUUUCUCAUAUCAAGAAUAGAUCCUUUAUCAAUA